AUGCUUCCAGCGAACGUUAUGUCCUUCAUGAAAAAGAUGGUCGCCACGGACGAGGCGUCCCAUCAGCAGCCCUCGAUGGAGAACACGGGUGCUUUCGGGAAGCUGAAGCAAACGCUGUCCACAUCGCUGCUAACUGCACAGGAUAGAGUGAACAAGAUGUCCCCAAGGCCGUCGCUAGUUCCGGACACGAGCGACUCAGCGCACACACCGGACGACCCGUACAAGGACGGGGCGGCGGUCGACAAGAUGGCUUCCGGCGGUACUGACGGCGGCAACAAGUUCAACACACGCUCCGGCUCGUGCCGGAUAUGCUUGAAGUCGUUCAAACCGAACGACUUCAAAAAGACCUGCGUCGAGUGCGACCAGAAGGUGUGCGAAGACUGCGCCAGCUACAGCAAGCUGCAGGAUUCGGACGAUCUGGAUCUGUGGCGAUGUAGCGUCUGCCGGCGGAAGAUGGCAUCGCGCAUCUGCAUACCGCAGGAGUCGACCGAUUCCGCCCUGGAGGUGCCGGUCAUGGAGACGCUCCAGCGCCGCCACUCGGACAUCAAGCUCGGCUUCAGCCAGCACCUGGACGAUGGCAGGGGUACGGCGCUGGCGCCCCCGCGCAGUCCCGAGUUGCGCCGCCACUCGGACGUCUCGCCGGCCUCGCUGAAGGAGCUGGAAAAGCUGAAGGGCGGGCACAGUGCGGCCCCGAGCCGCUCGACCAGUCCGCCCGGCCGAAAGGAGAUGGAGCUCGGCACGCCGCGGAUCUUUUCCCGCCGGCCCUCGACCAAGAUGUCCCGCCAGCACAGCUACGACGACGAGUUCAAGACGAUGAGCUCCGACAGCAACCUGGCGGAGGCGGGCCUCAACCUGCCGCCGCCGAUGCCGAGGCGGAAGUCGGCGUACGACGUGUACGCGCCCGGCGUGCUGGUCAACGCGAUGCAGUCCAUCAAACUGACGCCGGACGAUAUGGAGAAGAUCAGCACGUCCCGGCGGGCGUCAAUGAAGAUCAUGGGCGGAGACGGGGACUUCGCCGGGGACGACCAUUCCGUGGCCGACCUGAAGGCCGCCGGGCUGAUGGUGGACGACGAUCGGCGGCACAAGCGACGGGGAUCGCAGCUACCGGACAUAUCGGCCCUGAAGGACAAAAGUGCCCAAAACGCGGCGAACAUGAACAUAUCAGUCUACCAGUGUCCCGCGCUCGAAGACUUGGAGGCCCCCAAACGGCAGACCUCGCUCGACGGCGAGGGCAUCAAGAUCGUCAUCCACGAUGCGGACGCCGGCCCGCUGUGUGCCGCCAAACGGAGCGUCACCCUGCGGAGGGAUCCCUCGGAUAAGGCCCACCGAACCAGAGGAUUCGGGAUGCGUGUGGUUGGUGGAAAAACCGGAACCGAUGGUCGGCUGUUUGCGUACAUUGUCUGGACGGUGCCCGGUGGACCGGCCGAGAAGGGUGGCCUACAGCAAGGCGAUAAGAUACUCGAAUGGUGCGGUGCCUCGCUGACGGACCGCAGCUUCGAGGAGGUGUGCGCCAUCAUGGACCGCACGGGUGACACGGCGGAACUGCUGGUCGAGCACGCUACCGACUUCAAGAUGUGCGAGCUGCUGGACGAAGGUGUACCACCCGGGAACCGUGUUGCCGCCCGCGGAUAGGCGUUACUCAUGUUGAUUUCGUGUUUUUUUUUUCAUCCUUCCUCCAAACGGGCCAUUGCCGCAGAGAGUGAAGGAACUGUGGACAAAUCUCCCUCGUCGCCGACCCGUCGCAAGUUGCCCAAAACACCGGUAUAA